CGUCAUCAUCGGGUCAGGGGUCAUUCCCUGAGUCACUAUUCUUCAAGCCUUGUAGUACGGUGGAUACCUUAGUAGACCAAGGAGCUUUUAUCAGGAGGUCCUUGCCUAGACAGACCUAGAGACGACUAUUCAGGGUUGCGAUACUAACGUUACAAUUUGAAAACCAAAGGAAGCACUCUGAGCGAGGCCCAGUGGACCAGAGACCACCAGACGCCCAGAAAAUCACUUGAUCAGGCUAAAAUUUAGGGUUUCAGGGACCAUGAUCCUUGACACACAAGUUGCCUACAAUCAAUAAUUCGGUGGACAGUUCAGCAUCGAGACAACAAAUUCCUGUCCAGCAAAAUGCAGGGCGGAGCUGCCAGUACUGCAUCAGCGCUUUACAGCCCUUCUGCUGUCCGCACACCUUCAUUACAACAACUCUCCCAGUCAGCAGCCAAGUUCAACCUGGACAUAGAUGAAGCGGAGCUAAAGCAAUAUCAAGAUGUCAUCAAGGAAGCACUUGUGUCUUACGACCGAGUGGACAAGAUGACCGAGCCAAUUCCAGCGGUCAAGUGGCCGAGAACACCAGGCUGGCGGCCUGAUCCCGAAGACAAUCCACACAAUGCAUGGUACUUUAGGACCGAGAUCACAGGUGCAUCCACAGGAAAGCUGCAUGGGAAAACUGUAGCCAUCAAGGACAAUGUGGCCGUGGCAGGUGUGCCUAUGAUGAACGGCAGCCGUAUCAUGGAGGGAUAUGUACCUGAUUAUGAUGCUACCAUUGUCACAAGGAUCUUAGAUGCAGGUGGAAGCAUCAAGGGGAAGUCCUCGUGUGAGGAUCUGUGCUUGUCAGGUGACAGUUUCACAUCUGUGACUGGCCCCGUGCUGAAUGCUCAUGACAGGACCAGGUCUGCUGGCGGCUCAAGCAGUGGGAGUGCCACACUGUUGGCGCUGGAACAAGUCGACAUGGCCACAGGAGGAGACCAGGGCGGGUCCAUCAGAAUUCCUGCCGCUUGGUCUGGGGUAGUGGGACUGAAACCGACCUACGGGCUGGUACCGUAUACAGGGUGUGUUCCUGUAGAUAUUACACUGGACCAUGUGGGACCAAUGGCCAGAACUGUAGAUGAUGUAGCUCUAAUGUUGGAAGUGAUUGCAGGGUAUGACAAUGGUUUAGAUCCUCGGCAACCAGCAAACCUAACUGUGCCAGAAUACACUAAACAGCUGACAGGAGACCUGGGUGGCAUCAGAGUCGGUCUGCUGAAGGAAGGAUUUGGAAGUGAGUCAGCAGAAGCUGAUGUUGAUGAACUGGUUCGUGCUCAGGCACACAGGCUGACUUCAGCAGGCGCUGUGGUGGAAGACAUGUCUGUUCCUUUACAUUACCCGGAUGCCUCCCACAUCUAUAACGUGAUAAACGAAGGUUGUCUGGAGACCAUGAUAAAAGGAAAUGGACUAGGAGUAGGUUGGAAAGGCUUCUACCCAACAAGUAUGCUGGAUGCCUUAGCUAAGGGUUACAGAACACGGGCACAUGAUAUGCCACCAACUGGAAAAUUUACCUAUUUGCUGUAUGAUUGUAUCACAACCAACUAUGGAAACAGGUUCUAUGCUAAAGGGCAGAACUUGAGUCGUAUGCUGACACAUGCGUACAACCAGGCCCUCAGUAGGUAUGAUGUCAUCAUCAUGCCCACAAUUCCAUUCAAGGCAACUAAACUUCCAAAUAAGGACAUAUCCACAAGUGAAAUCUGCAAAAUGGCGCUGAAUUUUGGACAGAUGUCUAACGUUUGCCCGUUCAACCUGACCGGACACCCCGCCCUCAGCAUCAAUGCCGGGUUCUCACAGGGGCUUCCGGUCGGCAUGAUGAUCGUUGGGCGACAUUUUGAUGAUGCCACUGUGCUGAAAGUGGCACAUGCCUUUGAGAACAUCAGGGAUUCAAAAAUAUAAAGUCAAAUGUCUAGUCUUGGUAAAACCCAACACUGGGGAGUACAUGUAACGUUACAUGUUUAGAUAGAUAAAUAAAAAAAAAAACUGUCGUAUAGGUUUUGAUUUUCCUUGAUUACUCAAAAGAAAAUGUCGUUACAGAUGUCUAAUCUGAUGAAUGAACAAAGACCGGUAACUGUUACCUUUAUUAUAGCAUUGUGAAAUACAGGUGAUACAUAUGUAAAACUGUAAUAAAUACAGAUGAUCUAUUAAAUAUAUGGGGGUACACUGAAAAUUACACCAUUAUUUGUGAUACAAUGGCAGGUAUUCGGCUUCUCCUCGCUUUUUCAUGCAUGUAAUUAUGACAAUAGGUACAUUUUACCACGAAAAGAUUGUCUUGGCGGCGCACAAAAAGUGAAUUUGUUCCUAUUUAAUACUCAAGUGUUGCCCCCUUGUGGAGAUUGAUUGCACUGCAGCCAGUGCACCCGGAAAUGCUACAAUAUGCAAUAACAGCUCUUCCAAAUUGUAUAAACUUGAAAGCCAGGGAUCCAUUCUUUACGUACGCCUCUUAUAAUGUUUUCCUAAGAACCUAAUCAUCCGCACAAUAUUUACAUAUGCUUGUUGCGAGGAUGUCAAUAAAUACUACUCGGAA